AUGGCCAGUCUAAAAAACGAGGAUUUCCGGCAAUUGUUGGCAAAUCGAACCGCUGCCACUCCAGCCACCGAAAGGUAUUACCAAUACCAAAAGCAAAAAGCUGCCGAAGAGAAGCCUCCGCCAGAUGAGGAGGAUGCUCGUCUGCUCGAGAUUAUGAAGAACUACAGGGAUCGAGCGGCUGAGAGGAGGAAGAAUGAGGAUAUUCAAGAAGACACUACCUAUAACCAAGGAUAUCAAGCCGUGCCAAAUGAUCCGAGGGUGGCUGCUGAGUUGUCGCACGAGAGGCGGAGGGCCAUUGAGGAGUCGAAAUUCUUGGGAGGAGAUUUGGAACACACUCACUUGGUCAAGGGUCUCGAUUAUUCAUUGUUGCAAAAGGCGAAAGCGGAAAUGGCUCGAAAUGCGGCAGAACAAGUUGAUGAUGAGCUGGAAAAGGCGAUGGAUGAAGAGCCAAAGGUCAAGGAAGAAGCCCCCCAGAAGAGUCAGAAUCGAAUGGUCACCCGGUUAAACAAAGUGUUAUUUGAUCCUCCCGAACACCCAAAAACCAACGAGCUAUUCGCCAAGGGGCUCGUCUCGUACUUGGUGGAGAUUGACUUUGAAGACACGACAAUUCCGACUAUUGUACUGAAAUCCGUCCUCGAAGCCAAAGAGGCAGACCGGAACCGCAGUGCCGAAGUCGACGCUUCGAUCAUCCAGAAGAUGACCCAACUCCUGAAUUAUGUCCGAGGUGGCGAGAAGAAAAAGAAAAAGAAGCUCCCGAAUGUCCCCGAAAUGACGGAAGAGGAGAAGAAAACAAAUAAGGAUGUCAGCAUCUUUGAUGACGCUGGGGAGUAUGAUUUCGGGCAAGCGCAGAGGAAUAAGGAGGAGGCAGACAAAAAAAACGCGAAAGACAAAAAGGAUCGGCGAGAUGACGACCGAGAUCGGAGAGACAAAAAUCGAGACCAGGAUCGGGAUCGUCGAAAUGAGCGUGAUAACCGGGAUCGGGAUCGUGAUCGCCGAGAUCGGGAUCGUGGACGUGAUACUCAGCGUGAUCGGGAGCGCGAGCGUGAACGCGAGCGUGAGCGCGAAAGACUAGAGAAAGAGAUGGCGGAAGAAGAGGAAGCCAAGAAGAAAAUGGCCGAGAGGAUCGCCAAGCGAAAGAAGGAGGCUGAGGGCGAAUAUAGUGAAUAUGCUGAAUGCUAUCCUGGUGGGCUAAUGGAGAUGGGAGGGUUCAGUGAUGAUGAGGAUGGCGGAGGUGACAAGCUUGGAUUGCUGUCGAUGAAAAAGAAGAAGGGUACCAGCGUCUGGGAUGUUGACAAUAAUGAUGAUGAUGAAGCUGGAAAAGCUAAAGAUAAAACUGCUAAGAAGCCUGUCAACAAGGAAAAAGAGGACCGGAAGCUUGAUCGAGAACUCGACAAAAUUAACAAGCUUAUUGAGAAGCGGAAGACGGGAGGACCAGAUGACGAAGGCAGCAAACGGCCACGCUAC